AUGUCUCGAUCGUUUUACGUUGAUUCCUUGAUCAUCAAAGAUUCUGCAGUGAGACCUACUCCUGUCUUGAACGAUCACGGCCAAGACUUUCUGAUUCCCAUUAGCGUCCAUUCUCCAACCAUGAUGUCGGUUUCUGGUCCCGUCUGCCCGUCCAGAAAGACGGGUACUUUCUGUGUCUGUCCCCUCUGUGUCACGUCCCAUCUCCACUCAUCCCGGAGUGGAAUCCCAUUGCUGAAAGGCCAGUUCCCAAACGGAGAUCCCCCGUACUGUCAACGAAUCAACCAGCAGUCAAACCCUGGGCUCGGUCAUCCACCUGUUUGCACACCCACUUACAGCGUAACAGACCCUAGGAGAUACCACUGUCUCACCGUGGGUCCUGAAAAUAGCGGUCACUUACAGAACGGUAAACGGAUGCGAACGGCCUUCACCAGCACGCAACUCUUGGAGCUUGAGAGGGAGUUCGCCUCCAACAUGUACCUGUCGAGGCUUCGCCGGAUUGAAAUUGCAACCUAUCUGAAUCUGUCCGAGAAGCAAGUGAAGAUCUGGUUUCAGAACCGACGCGUCAAACACAAGAAGGAGGGCAAGGGGACCCCGCGGAAUGCGCACAACGCCUGCAAAUGUAGCAGCCAAGGGCACUGCCUGCGCUCCGAGGACGAGGAGUCCCUCUCCCCAAUAUCAUCUGGCAAAGAAGACAAAGAUAUGUCACCCGCAUAG